AUGGCGCUUUCAGUACUGAACAUCGUCAUUGACGUGAUUACCUUGGUACUUCCGAUACCCGUUGUCGCAAGACUACAGAUGUCGCGGAGACGGAAGAUCACUGUUUGCGGCAUAUUCGCGACCGGAGAAUUCGUAUGCCUCGUGGCCAUUCGUCGAACAACGCUCUUGAAGCCGCUCAUGAUCUCACCCGAUUAUACAUGGGAUGCUGUUGAGCAAUUCCAAUGGUGUUUUGCUGAAGUCAAUGCCGGAAUCGUCUGCGCAUGCGCACCCGCCCUCAAUCCGUUUUUCGUGCGCUACGUCCCAGGCCUUCUAAGUUCCCAUUUCGGUAAUAGUAAAAGAGAUCGUGAUGGAUUCAAGAGCGAUAAACCAACGCUACCAGCAUCAAACGAUCAAGAGCAGACCAACGAAGCAUAUGGACUCCAAUUGCGGGACGACGUAUCUGAGAAGACAGCAACAACGAAGCAUAGUGAAGUUGGUGACGAGUCGACACUUUGGCAGAAUCCUGCGAACAAGGGCACUGAGAAGGAGUUGAUUACUACCUAUUUUGUUAAACAUGCCUGUUGA